GUCCAGGGCAUUUGCUCAGACGAUGGACACACUUUUUACCCAAGGCCUUGGGUUAGCCUGUUCUCUUGUACAGUUGGCUCAUCACCCCUGUCCUUUGCCCAGAACCACACCUCCCUCAGUGCCAACACCAAACUCUACUGCCGUGGUCGAGUUCCUCUUUGAGGAACUCGGGUGGCCGCACAGGCUGGUCUUUGCCGUCUUUCUGAGUUUGCACCUGCUGACUCUGUCCAGCAAUAUCAUCAUCAUCGUGACUGUUGUUCGUCUGAACCAUCACCUCCAUACCCCCAUGUACUUCUUCCUGAUCAUGCUGUCCCUCUCUGAGACCUGCUACACUGUGGCCAUCAUCCCAUUUCUGUCCAGUCUCCUCAGUCCCCAACGAGCCAUCUCCAUCCCAGACUGUGCCACUCAGCUCUUCUUCUAUCUCACCUUCGGCAUCAACAACUGUUUCCUGCUCACGGCCACAGGGUAUGACUGCUACGUGACCACCUGCAACCCCCUGUGGUAUUCAGUCAUCAUGAGUAAAGAGGCCUGUGUCCAGUUAGAAAGUGGCUCCCUGGGAACUGGCCUGGGCGUGGCCACUGUCCAGGUAACAUCUGUGUUUGGCCUGCCCUUCUGUGAUGCCCUUGUCAUAUUUCACUUCUUCUGUGACGUCAGGCCCCUGCUGAAGCUGGCCUGCGUGGACACCCCUGUCAACGAGAUCGUGAACUUUGUCGUCAGCGUCUGUGUCCUGAUUCUGCCCACGGGCCCGGUCUUCUUCUCCUAUGUCCUCAUCGUCUCCACCAGCCUCAAGAUCCCCUCCGCCCGGGGCCGGAAGAAGGCCUUUGCCACCUGCACCUCCCGCCUCAGAGUGGUCAUCGUCCACUAUGGCUGUGCCUCCAUCGCCUACCUCAAGCCCAAGUCCCAGAGUUCCCUGGGGCAGGACAGACUCAUCUCUGUGACCUACACCGUCCUCACUCCCCUGCUGAGCCCUGUCGUGUACAGCCUGAGGAACAAGGAGGUCAAGGAUGCCCUGCGCAGAGGCGUGGGGCAGAAGCCCCUUUCCUCCUAACAAGGACAGAUUAUUGGAAGGCUUUUAACUGAUUUUGUUUAACGUGUAUUAAUUUUAAUGCUGUUUCAAAAAUGCCUUUAAAUAUGGGAUCAAGAAGGAUG